UCGUUUCAUUCGCAAUCUCGGAAAACUCAAGUUCACUUCGUUUCCUGUCUGACAGGAUCACCCAUAAAAUAUGACGAAAAAGUUUGAAUUUAAUUGGCGAAUAGAAGUACCAGAAUUAUUAAGAAAUGGUUCGGUGUUUGAUAGAUGGUUCGAAGAUAAAGAAACGACUGAGUACGAGCCUAAUUGUAUGUUUAAAGUCGACGAGUAUGGAUUUUUUAUCUCUUGGAAAAGUGACGGGAAGGAUGGUGAUGUGAUAGAAUUGGCUCAGGUCAGUGACAUUCGUUACGGUGGCACUCCGAAGGAUCCAAAGUUAUGUAACAAGUUAAGUAAACACGGGAAUUUAGAGCAACUGGAUGAAAAAAGUUUAACUAUAUGUUCAGGCAUCGAUUAUACCAAUAUACAUUAUCAGCAUGUAGUGUGUGCAGACGCAAAAAUGGCGAAGGAUUGGCAAGCUGGUUUACGAUUGAUUACGCAUAACACAAAAGCAAGUAAUGUUUGUCCAACGAUCCAAUUAAUGAAGCAUUGGAUGAGAUUAAGUUGUCAAGUAGAUCCAAAGGGAAAGGUUCCAGUGAAAGUAAUAUCAAAGACUUUCGCGUCUGGUAAAACAGAAAAAUUGGUUUAUCAAGGAUUAGCCGACUUGGGUUUACCUAAUGGAAAGAACGAUAAAAUCGAACCCAGCGCGUUCACCUUUGAAAAGUUUUAUAGUUUAUACUUCAAAAUCUGUCCUAGAAACGAUAUCGAAGAACUCUUCCAAUCGAUAACAAAAGGAAAAGCCGAUUCUAUAAGACUCGAACAACUGGUUACUUUUAUGAAUGAAAAACAAAGGGAUCCAAGAUUGAACGAGAUUUUAUAUCCGCUUUACGAUGAGAAACGAUGUAUAGAGAUAAUAAAUGAUUACGAAACAGAUGAAAAGGCGAAAUCUGAGAAGAGAUUAACAAAGGAUGGUUUCAUUCGUUACUUGAUGUCGGACGAAAAUGCUCCAGUGUUUCUCGAUAAAUUAGAAGAAUGGAUGGACAUGGACCAACCACUCUCUCAUUAUUAUAUUAAUUCUAGUCACAAUACUUAUCUCAGUGGAAGACAAAUUGGUGGGAAGAGUACAGUAGAAAUGUACAGACAAGUGUUGCUAGCAGGUUGCAGAUGCGUCGAACUCGAUUGUUGGGAUGGCAAAGGUGAAGACGAGGAACCUAUAAUAACUCAUGGAAAAGCAAUGUGUACCGAUAUCCUCUUCAAAGACGUUAUUUAUGCUCUCAGGGACACAGCUUUCGUCACAUCCGAUUAUCCGAUUAUCCUCAGCUUUGAGAAUCACUGCUGUCUUAAACAACAAUACAAAUUAGCUAAAUAUUGCGAUGAGAUAUUGGGCGAUCUACUUUUGAAGGAACCUUUGAAAGAUUAUCCGCUCGAGCCAGGUUCUCUUCUACCACCACCAAGUGCUUUGAAACGUAAGAUACUAAUUAAGAACAAGCGAUUAAAGCCAGAAGUAGAGAAGGUCGAGCUUGAGCUGUUUCGUUCGGGACAGUUCGAGGCUAAGGACGAAGUAGUCGAGGAUGCUAGUGCUCCGGCAGCUCCACCUCCAGAACCACCGAAGGAGGAAGUAGCACCGGCUGAAGGUGCACCUCCAGGUGAAGGUGGUGCAGAGGGUGAAGCACCACCUAUUCAAUACACAGGUAGUACAAUGGCAUGUCAUCCUUGGCUAUCGUCUAUGAUCAAUUACGCUCAACCAAUUAAGUUCCAAAGCUUCGAAACAGCCGAAAAAAAAAAUAUACAUCACAACAUGUCUUCGUUCUCCGAAACUGCAGCUUUGAAUUAUCUAAAAACACAUUCGGUGGAGUUCGUAAAUUACAACAAACGUCAGAUGAGUAGAAUAUAUCCGAAAGGAACCAGAGCUGAUUCCUCGAAUUAUAUGCCACAGGUAUUCUGGAAUGCUGGUUGUCAGAUGGUGGCAUUGAACUUCCAAACCCCUGAUUUACCGAUGCAAUUAAAUCAGGGUAAAUUUGAGUACAAUGGAACUACUGGAUACUUAUUGAAACCUGAUUUCAUGAGAAGACCCGAUCGUAGUUUUGAUCCUUUUUCCGAAGACGUAGAUGGUGUUAUCACUGCUCAAUGUUCUGUACAGAUAAUAGCAGGACAGUUCUUGUCUGAUAAGAAAGUGGGCACUUACGUUGAAGUAGAUAUGUACGGUCUACCAGCUGAUACGAUAAAAAAAGAAUUCAGAACUCGAAUGGUACCUGGAAAUGGUUUGAAUCCUGUCUACAACGAGGAACCAUUUCUAUUUCGAAAAGUUGUACUACCUGACUUAGCUGUCCUCAGAAUCGGUGUCUAUGAAGAAAGUGGAAAAUUACUCGGUCAGAGAAUUCUACCACUGGAUGGUCUUCAAGCUGGCUACAGGCAUAUAUCUUUGAAAACUGAAGCUAACUUUCCAAUGGCAUUGCCUAUGUUAUUCUGUAACAUCGAAUUAAAGAUUUAUGUGCCAGAUGGAUUUGAAGAUUUUAUGGCCAUGCUAUCGGAUCCGGGAGGAUUUAGUAAAGGUGCGGAAAAGCAAGCAGAAACUAUGAAGGGACUUGGAAUUGAACAGACCGAUGCUAAAGCCGAAGCUAAGAAGAAGAAGGAAGAAGAAGCAAAGAAAGAGGAAUGGAAACCAGAACCGAUCACGAUAGAUACAUUGAAGAGAGAAAAGACGUAUAAAAUGGGAAAGAAGCAAUUGAAGGAAUUGGAUACGAUGAGAAAGAAGCAUCAAAAGGAAAAACAAACUAUGCAAAAAAAUCAUUGUUCGGCAAUCGAGAAGUUAGUUAAGGGUAAAGAUAAAAAUGCAUUGAUCCAAGAUGCGAAUGUGAAAAAAGUAAUAAGCGAACAAACAGCACAAUGGUCGGCAAUGGUAGAAAAGCAUAGAAAGGAGGAAUGGGAAAUGCUGAAAACUCACACGGAAGUAGGUCGGGACGAAUUCAAAAAACUUAUCGAAGUGGUUCAAGCGUCGCAAGUUAAACAGCUGCAAGCGAAACACGACAAAGAUAUCAAGGACAUGAAUGCAAAUCAGGCUAAGGUAUCCGUAGAAACGGCGAAAGAGGUGAUGAAUGAUAAGGCCUUAAAAACAAAGGGCGAUAAGGAUCGAAGGCUCCGAGAGAAAAAGGAACAAAAUACGAAAAAAUUCAUGCAAGAAAGAAAAACCGUACAAAUAAAGCAAGGCCGCGAAAAGGAGAAACUCAAAGUUUCACACGAGAAACAAGUCGCCAAUUUAGAUAAAGAUAUCGAUGCGACUAUCGAGAUGUAUAAAAACGAGGCCAUCCAAUACGAUUUGUCAUCUAAAACAGAAUUUUAUGUAUAAAUCUUUUGUCCAUAUCAAAAGAUAUACAUAAUUGUCGUAUUUACUUUGGAAUAGUACUUAAUUUAUUAUACUACGCGAUUUAUAUACAUCGUUUUGAACAAUAAAAUGUGUGCGUUUCUUUUGUUCGCAUA